AUGAACAUUGAACGCGCUGAAAUUGAUGGGAAACCGGUGUCUCGAAUUGUUCGAUUACGCCAUGAAAGGAUCCAAUUGCAUACCCCUGCAAAUAUUACCGUAUUGCCGAGGGGGAAACAUUUGAUUACGAUUGGAUACAAUGUAGAGGAAUCGCUUGCGGCUAAAAGCAAUUGGGGAACGCCUGGUUUCUAUCAUCCCAAAGAAAUCGGGUCGAUUAAUGGAGUGAAUAUCACUCAUAAUUAUGUGUGGACACAAGGAGAAGAAUAUGGGGCACGACAUUAUGUACCUUGUUUUGAUGAUCCGGAUAAGAAGGCGAAAUGGAAGGUGAAAAUCAGCCAUCCACCCGAAUACACCGCUUUAUCAAAUGGGAAAUCUCUGGAAAAACCAUUUUACGGCGAUUUGUCGACCUCGCUGGCUGUGACCGAAUUCGAAGCCACGCCCCCAAUGUCUUCAUAUCUUCUCACAUUUGCCGUAUCGAAGCAUAAGAGAGUCACGUUACUUACGAAGGAUGGAUAUCAGCUAUCUGUUUACGCAAUAAAUAUGACAAAAGCCGAGGAGGAAUUGGUAUUGCUGAAGGAAUGCUUUGAGUAUCUCAAUUCUGUCCUUCAACCAAAAUAUCCUCUAUCAAAAAUCGACGUAUUCCUUCGUAGUCCAGGUGGAUGGGCUAUGGAAAAUUGGGGAUUGAUUACGGCUGAUUAUAUGUUAAAACACAUCAUGCAGCAUGAAUUGGCACAUCAGUGGUUCGGCAAUCUAGUAACAACUCGAACGUGGUCCCACUAUUGGCUAAACGAAGGCUUUGCUACUUGGUGGGAAAACCAAAGAGAAGACACCCCUGUAUCGUUCGUCACUUUCUCAACCAAGUUUUGGAUGGAGAUAUUGGUGAUAAAGCUGAGCCAAUUGUCGCGG